CCGUUCCAUGUUUGUCUUAAAAUAUCCAAAUACCGAGUUGACGUUCUAAGACUUGAAGUUGAGUAAGUAUUUGAAUCACGCAACAAACUUUUUCAAAUAAACAAACACUAGUUUCAGUCAGAGCAGCGUCACUUAGCAUCCUUAAUCCAAACUCGUCUUGUCUUUACUUCUUCUCUCACAUGGAGAACUCAAUCUCCGGCGACGACUUCAAUUACCAAUCCGGCUUCGGCAACCACUUCUCCUCGGAGGCCAUCGCCGGAGCUCUCCCGCUUCAACAAAACAGCCCCCUCCUAUGCCCUUUCGGCCUCUACGCCGAACAAAUAUCCGGCACCUCCUUUACUACCCCUCGUUCUCACAACCUCUUCAGUUGGCUUUAUCGGAUAAAACCAUCGGUGACUCACGAACCGUUCAAACCUCGGGUUCCUUCUAAUCGGAAAAUUUUGAGUGAGUUCAAUGACUCAAACAGUUCUACAAAUCCAACUCAGCUUCGAUGGAAACCACCAGAUAUACCUGAUUUACCCACGGAUUUCAUUGAUGGCUUAUCUACCGUGUGUGGUUCUGGCAGUUCAUUCAUGCGCCAUGGAUAUGCUAUUCACAUGUACACUGCUAACAAAUCAAUGGACAAUUGUGCCUUUUGUAAUGCUGAUGGAGAUUUCUUGAUAGUUCCCCAACAAGGAAGACUCUUCAUCACUACUGAAUGUGGAAGGUUGAAAGUUUCCCCUGGUGAUAUUGCUAUAAUACCUCAAGGUUUUCGUUUCAGCGUGGAUCUGCCUGAUGGUCCCUCCCGUGGCUAUGUAGCUGAAAUUUUCGGUACUCAUUUUCAACUUCCUGAUUUAGGACCAAUAGGCGCUAAUGGUCUUGCUUCCCCAAGGGACUUCCUUGCCCCUACAGCAUGGUUUGAAGAUAAAUCAUAUCCUGGAUACACUAUAGUGCAAAAGUUUGGCGGUGAACUAUUUACUGCAGUACAAGAUUUUUCUCCCUUCAAUGUUGUUGCUUGGCAUGGUAAUUAUGUUCCAUAUAAGUAUGACCUAAGCAAAUUUUGCCCUUAUAAUACAGUGCUGUACGAUCACGGUGAUCCAUCAAUUAAUACUGUGUUGACAGUACCAACCGAUAAACCUGGCGUGGCAUUGCUUGAUUUUGUUAUUUUUCCACCAAGGUGGCUUGUUGCUGAGCAUACCUUCCGUCCGCCAUAUUAUCAUCGCAAUUGCAUGAGUGAAUUUAUGGGUCUCAUUCAUGGUAACUAUGAGGCAAAGGUUGAUGGAUUUCUUCCUGGUGGUGCAAGUCUUCAUAACUGCAUGACUCCUCAUGGUCCUGAUACCAAGUCAUAUGAGGCCACCAUUGCGCGUGGGAAUGAUGUUGGUCCUCACAAGAUCACGGACACAAUGGCUUUUAUGUUUGAAUCGAGUUUGAUUCCCCGUAUCAGCCGAUUGGCUCUCGAAUCUCCGUUCCUGGAUCAUGAUUAUUACCAAUGUUGGAUUGGUUUGAAAUCUCAUUUUGCAAUUCCUGAGACAUCUCUCGGAAGCCUAAAUUUGAACAAUGGAGAGUGAAAGUUCUAUGUGCAUAAUUAAAAAUAAAAAGAACCAGUACAAGAUGUAACAUAGAUGUGAAAAGAUAGUAAAUAAAAUAAUAGAAUAAUUAAUUAGCUCAUGAAAAAUAAAAUAUUGUUUGUAUCAUUUUCUGAAUAUAAAUUUUAUUGUCCAAAAUUAACCAAAUUUCAAUUAUCUUAUCUAAUACAAUGUAACCUUCUUGGUGGAGGGGAAUUUUUUUGUUUUCAA